CUAUAUAGCUUCUUGAAAAACGCCACUUUUUCUCCCGGUUGCAUUCCAGAUCCUGAGGGCAGGUCCUGUAUUAGAGGACAAAGAAGAGUUCUCAGGUGUCAGCCAUUCCCAGAAAGGCAUUCCAUCUGCAGCACAGAUCAGCUUUCUAACUCUAGAGAGAAGGCUGCAAGAAACGGGCACCAGCGGAGAGUUUCUGAGCAUGAAUCAAACCACCCUGAAAAGUGACUCAACUUUUCAUUCACUUUCUGCAUUAGAAGUUGUGACCCUCCCGGUACUGACAGUCAUCUGUGCCCUGGCAGGGCUGCCUGGAAACGUGGUUGUGCUCUGGCUCCUGGGCUUCUGUGUGAGCAGGAACCCCAUCUCAGUCUACAUCCUCAACCUGGCCACGUCGGACUUCCUUUACCUCUGUUGCCUUCUUGUAUUCUACCUAUGGGAAUUCAGUGACUACUUUAACAUUGCUUACUUCAAAUACAUACAUGCUGUGGGGAUGUUGUUGUACACCACAGGCCUGUUCAUGCUCAGUGCCAUUAGCGUCGAGCGUUGCCUUGCAGUCCUGUACCCCAUCUGGUACCGCUGCCGCCGCCCAGGAUACAUGUCAGCUGUCAUCUGUGCCCUGCUCUGGGCUAUGUCCCUACUGCUCACCAUGCUGCUACACUUCUCAUGUAGCUCUUUCUUUUCAAAAGAUGAGCUAUGUUUAAUAAUGCAUUCUGUCAUAGGCCCAUGUCUGAUAUUUGUAUUUGUUAUCCUCUGUGGGUCUAGUCUGACUUUGCUGGUCAGGAUGCUCUGCAGCUCCAGGAGGUUGCAACUGACCAGGCUGUAUGUGACCCUCGGGCUCACAGUGCUGGUCUUCCUCCUCUGUGGCCUGCCUGUAGGCAUCAUGCAGGUUUUGGGAGCCAUACGUGCUCUUGAAAUUCACUUUUCGACCUUUAUUCGGCUUGAGAGGGCUGCUUUUUUGCUGUCUAGUAUUAACAGUAGUGCCAACCCCAUCAUUUAUUUCUUUGUUGGCUCUUUUAGGCAGAAACACCAACAGUAUCAGCAGAGGCGGUCCCUGAAGUUGGUUCUCCAGAAGGCCCUGGAAGAUGUAGCUGAGGGAGAGAAAAGUGGAGAAAGUCCUCCUCAGGAAAGUGUGGAGCUGUCAGGAUCUCCUUAAAGGGGCAAUUUGUAUCUACCAUCAGUCACUCAGAGAAGCAGUCUCUGUAGAAGAUCACAUAUAUAAUUGUGACAAGUCACACCCUAGUAUAGAUAUACAGGCACAAAUAGAGACAUCUGCUCAUUCAUCUAUGUAUUGUAUCUCGCAGCUUUCACAUGUAACAGCAGUUGAAUAGUUGCAACAGAGGCCAUUUUACUGCACAGAUUAACAUAUUUACUAACUUGCUCUCUCUCUCUUUCGCUCUCUCUGUCUCUCUCUCUCUCUGUCUCUCUCUCUCUCUCUCUCUCUCUCUCUCUCUGUCCCCCUCUGAGCCUACUUGGAUGCCCACACAAUUCAUAUAUAAAUAUUUUUAAUAAUAUAACAAUAAGUUCUGGAUACAUUAUCUGGAAAGGAUGUUGUCUCUUUCUCUUAGGAUGGACCUUCAAAUAUGCAGGAAGCUAGCACCAAUAAUCAUAAGCCAGGACUGAGCAAAAUCAACUACAACCCCUUCCAGUCUCUCACUGCCUGAAAAUUUGAUAUUAUGAGGAUUAUUUAGGUGAACUUGGCUGCUUUCAUCAAAGAGCUAAAUACACCAGGCCCAGUAGUCAAAAACUUCAGAGGCUGGCAAAUGGUAAGUAGAGUGAUUGUAGGACCAAUAGUUGCUUCAUGUUGGUUCAUGCCAGUGAGGCAGCCAACAGAGAAGCAGCAACACACAUGAGCAUCCAAGUAUUGUUGCACCAACUAUAGCAAAUGAAAACUGUGUUGCUGCCGUUUCAAAUCCAGUCAUGAAAUCUUGAUCCUCAACCUAGCUAGAAACUUAACAGAAAAGAAAUCUGGAGAAUGUAGUUAGUCUCAGUCACUUGACAUUUCAAAUAAUCCUAGCCUAUUCUUUGUCAACCUGGUGAAUAUUUAUUUAUCUUCUUUAGACCAUAAUUCCAAAUAAAGACAAUGGCAAGGCUCUCUGUUUCAUUAUGACUGUUCAGUGUAUACUACAAAGCAUAUCAUUUCCACGACAAGUAAUUCAUCUUGUCCAUACUCAUAAUAAUAUGUAUCAUUUUAUGAAUUGCCCACUCAAGGUUGUUACCCAUGUUUAUGGAAU